AUGCGCGCGAUCCUGAAAUUCGUGGUGUAUAUCGUCACGACGAGCCACUGGGCCGCGUGCCUCUUCCGCAUCGUCUCGAACCGCGCGUACGCGUACCCCGACGACGACGAGAGCGCCUCGCGGCGCGCGCUCCGGGGCGACGACCGCGACAACCCGACGUGGCUCCGCGAGGAGGGCAUGCACGGCGAGACGCUCUGGGCCCAGUACGGCGCGGCCAUGGCCUGGGCCGUGAGCGCGCUCAACGGGUCCGCGAGCGCGUACACGGGCGCGGAGUACUGCGUCGCCGUCGUCGUCAUGAUCCUGGGCUGCAUCGUCCUCACGCUCAUGAUCGGCGAGAUCGCCAACGUGUCGACGAGCCUCGACCCGGCGGGCAACGAAUAUAAAAGAACCAUGGACAUGUUCAACUCGUACAUGGACGAGCGCGGCUUCCACAAGCAGCUCAAGAAGGAGCUUCGAAGUUACUUCAUGCACAGCGAGGGCCUCUUCCGCGAGCAGCACUACCACGACAUGCUCAAGAACCUGUCGCCGCAGCUCCGGGAGAAGCUCGCGCUCGCGAACGUCGGGCCCUGGAUCAAGUCCGUGCCCGUGGUUCGCUACGCGCUGAUCAAGGCGAGCGGCCUCUUCGUCUCCGCGAAGGUCGCCGUGAGCUCGCUGGACCCGGACGACGACGACGACCCGUACCGCGGCGGCGUCGUCACGGGCCUCCCGCAGUCGAUCCACAUCACGGUGACCUACAACGACGGCUCCGUGGAGUUCCACGUCGACGCGGGGAGGUUGCACGUGCCGCGCUACCUCCCCUUUGGGCGGCGCUUCAACGCGGCGAAGCGCGCGAGCGAGCUGCUCAUCACGGACCUGGCGACGCGCAUGACCGCGACGCUGUACCUCCGCGACGACGCCAUCGUCGCCAUGGGCUCCUGGCUCAACAACAUGUACCUGCUGGUCGACGGCCAGGCCGUGAAGCGCGACAAGAGCCGCGUGCUCCACCGGCCGCGCGUCGUCCGCCUCGACGGCGCGUCCCACGACGUCAUCGGCGAGGACAUCACGAUGAAGCUCACGACGGAGCGCGAGCUGUCGCGGAACCACGAGGUCACGGCGCGGUCGACGAGCCACUGCCUCUGCCUGAGCACCGUCGAUUUCCUGGAUUGCAUGGCGAAGAGCAACUACAAGAUGCUCGUGAGCCCCAUGAAGCGCUACGCGGGCUGGCUCAUGCUCCGCGAGUACUGCGUGUACCACAAGCACGUCGUCACCGAGCACAUGGACAUCUUCUCCGCCGCGCACGCGAAGCUCUUCGCGCACCGCAUGCAGAUCAAGGUCCAGGAGGACGCGACCGCCGGCGGCGGCCGGCUCCGGGGCGCGCUCCAGGGCAAGCUCGGCAAGCUCCUCGCCAAGGUGAAGAAGGAGAAGCGGGACGGCGAGGCGAGCGACCCGUCGAAGGUCUCCGGCGCGUUGGUCGCGUCGCGCCUCGCGGCCCAGUACAUCGCCAAAAUGAAGGAGCGGAACGCCGUCUUCAGCCCGCGCGCCAUGCCUUGCGAGGAGACGGCCAAGGAGGUUCUCGGCGACGCGGGCCUAGGGGGCCUGCACGAGCGGAGCGGCCAGACGGGCCGCGUCGCGGCCGGGGCCCGGCCGGCCGUGCCGCGCCUCGCGAUCGCCGAGCCAAUCGACGAGGAGCCCCCGGCGCCCGAGCGGGACGACGACGACGACGACGACGACGACGACUCGGCCGCGGCGACCGUGGACGCGCUCCGGCGCACCGUGGACCGCGCGGGCCGCGCGGCGCGGCGCGUCGUCGUCGACGGCGACGCCGCGGAGAGCCCGCGGUCCGUCGAGGAGCUCAAGUUCCAGUUGCGGGCGUCGAUCAACGGCUUGAUUUCCGUCUACAGGGAACUCGACCCCGAGGCCCUCGCGACGCCGGGCAAGCGGCGGAGGAAGGUCGGCCAGCUCGGCAAGCACGUUUGCGGCUUGCGGAGCACGUGCGCGAGGCAGAGCGCGGACGAGGCGCCGGGCGCGAGGGGCACCCAGGCCGUCGUCGCGCCGCCCGGCGGCGGGAUGGGCACGUCCGCGCUCCCCAGGGGCUCGUCGGGCCGCGGGUCGGGCCGCGAAGCGACGAGCUCGACGCGGACGAAGCCGCAGCGCCUCAGGCAGCACCGCGAGCCGAGCGCGACCGCGGGCAGCCCGUCCCAGCGCGGGUCGCGCGUGUCGGCGAUGGGCGGCGUCGCCGUGCACCGGUCCCCGUCGAGCGGCGCGCCCGCGGGCGUCACGGGCACGACCGCGGCGCCGGCGGCGACGGAGGCCGACGCGGACGAGGCGCCCGCGGCGACGGCUACCGACGCGGACGAGGCGCCGGCGGCGACGGUCGCCGACGCGCUCGAGACGGACGCCGUCGCGCUCUUCGCCAUGCCGUCGACGCUCUUCGCCAUGCUCGCGAGCAUCGCCUCGAGGCGGCAAGCACACGGCACCAUCGUCAACCAGGUCAAAGUCUUGGAGCACCAAGGCUGCGCGAUGGCCGCCGCCUCGAGCUCGUCGGCGCACCUCUACGCGCCGCUGCCGGACGCGUCCGGCUGGCGCGGCGACGCCCGCAGCGUCGCCGACGUCAUGGACUACUUCGGCCGCUGCCUGACGGACGACGGCGCCGGCGGGCGGGCGCUCCUCGAGUCGAAGCUGCGGCGCAAGGCGCUCCUCCUCGACGGCGCCGCCGCCGCGCCGCGGCCGGCCCGGAAGCGCAAGCGCAGACACGAGCGCCGCGACGCCGACGGCGCCGCCGCGCGCGACGCGCGCCGCGCCGAGCUGCCGACGUGGGCGUCGACGGCGCCGCUGCGCGAAUCGUGGCGCGCGUACGCCGUCGCCGUGCUAGGUUCGCCCGAGGCGCGGGCGCCGGGCGCCGGCCGCGCGGCCGCGGGCCUCGAGUCGACGGGCGCCGUGCUCCAGGUGGCGCGCGCGCCGGCGGCGUCGCUCGUCGGCGCCGCGGGCGCCGUCGUCGACGAGACCGCGGAGUGCUUCUUCCUGCGGACGCGGGCCGACGGCCUCGUCCGCGUCGCGAAGCGCGGCGCCGUCUUCGCGCUCCACCUCGACGGCGGCGCGCGCCUCGACGGCGGCGCGGACGACGGCGCGGCGCCCUGCCUCGUCGUCCCGGGCGCGGCGUUCCUCCGCCGCGGCGCGAUGGCGGGCAGCCUCCUUCUCUGGGCACUGUCCCUCGUCGCCCUCGCGUCGCCGGCGCCGCGGCCCGACACGGUCGCGGCGGCCCUGGACCCGCCCGACGACGACUACGUCGGUCGCGACCUGAAGCUCAUCUCCCUGGACGUGACGACCUACGUCGUCGACGACGCCCUCGACGACCCCGAGGACGUCAUCGCCUACGACCUCGACGGCGACGGCCAGCCCGAGAUCCUGAGCGCCGCCGCGGGCUUCGUGUCCAUCUCGAAGAAGCAGGGCGGCAUGCUCGACUACGAGAAGGCCGUCGUCUACGCGGACGACGACCUGAGCGACGAGACGUACGAGGGCGACUACCUCUACCCCUGGACGCGGCGCGUCGUCGCGAACGCGAGCGGCCUGGACCACGCCUUCACGCGCAUCAUGGGCGUCGACAUGGACGGCGACGGCGACCUCGACGUCGUCGCCGCGGGUCUGGAGUGGGAGAAGCUCGCGUGGUACGAGAACACGCGGGGCAACGGCCUCUGGUGGGAGCUCCACGUCAUCUACGAGUGGCCCGCCGACGCCAUCCCGGGCAACUUCGACAUCGAGGUCGGCGACCUCGACGGCGACGGCGACGUGGACGUGCUGACCGCGUCCUACUACACGGACACGGUCGCGUGGUACGAGGCGGCGCCGUCGGGUUCGGGCAACGGCACGAACUGGACCUACCACAUGAUCAGCGACCGCUUCCCGACCAUCGGCGCGACGGGCGUCGCCCUCGCGGACAUGAACGGCGACGGCAAGCUCGACGUUUUGGCCGCGUCGCUCGGCGACCGCUACAUCGUCUGGUUCGACCGGCGAUUAGACGCCGAGGACGCGUGGGACAUCGUCGUCGUCGGCGACGGCGUCAACGGGCCCUACGACACGCAGCCGCGCGACUUCGACGGCGACGGCGACACGGACGUGGUCUGCGCGUCGACGAACGACAACCGGCUCGCGUGGUACGAGAAUUUGUCCGGCGACGGCCGCUUCUGGCGCCUGCACGUGAUCACGACGACGGCGCUGUCCGUCCACUCCAUGUACGUCGCGGACAUCGACGAGGACGGCGAUUUGGAUAUUCUGUCGGCGAACUUCGCGGACGACGCCGUCGUCUGGUACGAGCAGUACGACGACGACCGGGGCCACCAGAGCUGGAGCCGGGGCGCCGUCGUCGAGGCGGGCGUCGACGGCGCGACGUCCGUCUUCGGCGUCGACAUGGACGGCGACGCGGAUUUAGAUGUGGUGACGGCGUCGCUCUCCACGGAGGGCGUCGACAACGUCGCCUGGCACGACCUGAACCUCGUGCCCGCGCCGACGCCCGCGCCGACGAUCACGUUCCGGCCGACGUCCGUGCCGACGUCGUCGCCGACGAUCCUGCCCAGCGUCGCGCCGACCAUCGAGGACCCGCUCAAGCCGACCGCGCGGCCGACGCACCGGCCGUCGCCCGUGCCGACGCCCAAGCCGACGCCGUUCCGCUACACGUGGCAGGACUUCGUCCGCGACUACCGGCUCUACAUCGCGGGCAUCAUCGUCGGCGUCCUCGCCUGCUGCUGCUGCCACUGCUUCUGCAAGGCGCUCAAGCCCAUCAUCCUGCUCAUGGAGCCCUACUACAUGCCCACGGUCACGCACAUGCACAAGAAGUGGAAGCGGUCGGAGACGCGGCGCAUCAUCUGCUACCCGUGCCCGGAGAUCUGCCGGGGCCAGGAGCCCGAGGACCCGCUCUACCCGAAGGACGGCGUCGAGCUCCGCGGGGACUACGACAUCCCCGUGCGCGUCGUCUACGACGAGCCGCGGCGCAAGGGCAAGACGGAGCUCAUCCAGACCGCGCCCCGCGAGAUCACGUUCAUCCAGCGCUUCGAGUUCUACUCGUGCUACAGUUAA